AUGCUUUCUGCUUUACGAAACAAUGCGCUUGUACCACGGGCUGCAAGUGGUUUAAUUGCACGGCGAAAACAACAAUCAGUACUCACACUUUUUGCGUUAAAAUCAUCGGGCGGACAACUAACGGUCGAAGAACGAAAACGCGAUCUUGAAAAAUGGCCCGGCAUCCCUGAACAUGUUCGACCAAAUUAUAUUCCUCGAAUACCAAUUGAUCCAGUCGAAUACGAUGAACUUUGUGAUCGAUACGUUUCACAAAGCAAUUUAUGGAAAUAUAUGUCAUAUUUUGUUGCCAUUCCGGCUAUACUCGUAUUAAGUUAUAUGAAUUUGAUUGUACAUCAAGAUCAUCAACGUCCGGAAUUUAAAGACUGGGAUCAUUUGAGACCAAGAAUGAAAUGGUUUUUUGGUAGAGUCAAUUAUUUUUAUUAA